GGGUCUUUGACGUGCCUCACCAGCUGCAUAAACCUCGGGAGCAAGUGCGAGUGUGGGUGAGAGUGCGCGCGCGCAUGGGUUGGCUGCGCUUGGCACGCUCGGUGGCCCGGGGCCCCAGCGCCCGGAGUCCCGUCUGGAGGCCUGGGAUUACCGUGACGUCACAUUGAGCCUCUGGCCACCUUGGACUGGGACACCUCUCGGGAGCCUCACAACCCCGCUCAGCGCCGCGCCACACCUCGCCAACGCGCGCCUUUGGGAAACCGCACCUUCUCUCUCCUGCCCAUCCAUGGGCCCUUCUAUCUUCCGGACCCCACGGGCCGGAGGGGCGCCUUCCGGAGCUCAGGGCUCGGCAGCUCGGCUGCCCUCGGCUCUGCUUCCAGUCGCGCCCAACGGGCUGAGGAAUCGGCGCUGGGCACCUGCAGCCGCGUAAGGAACCGAAGUGCUGCACGGUUGAGGGCGCCGAACAGCCGAGCUGAGACAGGAACUGAAAAGGGAAGAGGGAGGCGGGCCAGGGACAGCUACCAUGUCCUUCCCACACUUUGGACACCCAUACGGCGGCGCUUCCCAGUUUUUGGUGUCUGCAAGUUCCAGCGCCACUUGCUGUGAAUCCAGCCCGCGCUCAGUCUCAGACGUGGCCUCGGGCUCCACCCAGGCGGCUGCUCUCUGCUGCGCACCCUAUGACAGUCGGCUGCUGGGCAGUGCGCGGCCCGAGCUGGGCGCCGCCUUGGGCAUCUAUGGAGCCCCCUACGCAGCCGCUGCGACGGCCCAGGGUUACCCUAGCUACCUGCCUUAUAGCCCGGAGCCGCCUGCGCUGUAUGGCGCACUGAAUGCACAGUACGAAUUUAAGGAGGCUGCAGGAAGUUUUACACCCGGCCUGGCGCAACGAGGAGCCUAUUAUCCUUAUGAGCCCACUCUGGGGCAGUACCAAUAUGAUCGGUAUGGCGCGGUGGAGUUGAGCAGCGCCGGGCGCAGGAAGAACGCCACACGGGAGACCACCAGCACGCUCAAGGCCUGGCUCAACGAGCACCGCAAGAACCCCUACCCCACCAAGGGCGAAAAGAUCAUGCUGGCCAUCAUCACCAAGAUGACCCUCACCCAGGUGUCCACCUGGUUCGCCAACGCGCGCCGGCGCCUCAAGAAGGAGAACAAGAUGACGUGGGCGCCCAAGAACAAAGGUGCCGAGGACAGGAAGGCAGAGGGCGACGUGGAGGAAUCGCUGGGCUGCCUGAACGGCGAUACUAAAGACGUUACCGCUAGCCAGGAGGCCAGGGGCCUCCGGCUGAGUGACCUGGAAGACCUAGAGGAAGAGGAGGAGGAAAAGGAGGAAGAGGAGGAGGAAGCUGAUGAAGAGGAGGCGGUAGCCACAGCCGCGGAAAGACUGGCAGAGUUCCCUAGGAGCGCGCAGUCGCUGCCGCGGCCAUGCGCCCCUGCUCAAGACGGCCGCCUGGAGCGCAGGGAGUGCUGCCUGGCAGCUUCUCGCUUCUCCUUCCACAAGCCCCCGGGGUUGAGAGAAGCUGACUUCCUCUCCUCAGAGCCUGGCGGCCCCAGGUUUACCAUGCAUUACCCAUGCAGCGAGAACCCGCGCAUCUGGUCUCUGGCACACACGGUGGCAGCCAGCGCUUUCGAAGGUCCACCCCCAAACCGGCCCAGGCCAUGAAGUCCUGAGCGCCAUAAGAUUCGACAGCCUCCAGCCUCCGCCCUCUGGCGAUCCGCGGUCCCCAGAGACUCCGCGUGCUGUAGGAGGAGUCUUCCCGGGGGAAACUCCAGGUGUGCCCUGCAGGGGCCACCGCUGAACUGUGCGCUGUGCCCGCGGAGGAGGGAGCCUGCCUUUCAGUGCCAAUACCGGUCUGGAGCAGAAGCAGGUGAGCGCAAAGGCUGCGAUUUCCUGAAGAAUCUUGGAAAUGGGCCCCACUUUUCAAACUCACUUCCACCUUAAGAAGCUGAGAGACCUUGCCAGAGACCAGAAGCUCUCACUUCACCUAGGAGACAGACACAGAAACCCUCUUAAGUGUCUGUCCUUGCAUGCAGAGCUGGGGGUGGUGGGCAGACUUGUACCUUAGCAGCUCCCUUAGAGGAGAUGGCAGGGCACCUGGGGAAGGCCAAGUGGGAGGCUGGGUGGGUCUGCCUCAUGCUGGAUUCAGGGCCACUCCUGCUCACCAUCUGCCCUUCACUUUGUAACUUCAUUGCA